CUGGGCAGUGGGAGCGGCGGCGCGGCCGGCAGCCAUGAGCGCGGUGCUGGACGUGCUGUGGGAGGACAGAGAUGUCCGCUUCGACAUCUCCCCGCAACAAAUGAAAAUGAGACCUGGAGAGGUCCUUAUAGACUGCUUAGAGUCUGUUGAAGAUACCAAAGGAAACAAUGGAGACAGAGGUAGACUGCUUGUGACAAAUUUGCGGAUUAUUUGGCGCUCAUUGUCAUUGCCCAGAGUCAAUCUCUCUGUUGGUUACAACUGCAUUAUAAAUAUAACUACAAGAACUGCCAACUCGAAAUUACGAGGGCAGACAGAAGCUCUGUAUAUAUUGACUAAAUGUAACAAUACACGGUUUGAGUUCAUAUUUACCAAUGUUGUCCCCGGGAGUCCCAGACUCUUCACUUCAGUUAUUGCUGUACACAGAGCCUAUGAAACGUCUAAAAUGUAUCGUGAUCUGAAGCUGAGAAGUGCACUGAUUCAAAACAAGCAACUGAGAUUAUUACCACAAGAACAAAUAUAUGAUAAAAUCAAUGGAGUUUGGAAUUUAUCAAGUGACCAGGGAAAUUUGGGAACAUUUUUCAUUACUAAUGUGAGAAUAGUUUGGCAUGCAAAUAUGAAUGACAGCUUUAAUGUCAGCAUACCAUAUCUACAAAUUCGUUCAAUAAAAAUAAGAGACUCAAAGUUUGGCUUGGCGCUUGUGAUAGAGAGUUCUCAGCAGAGUGGAGGAUAUGUACUUGGUUUUAAAAUAGACCCUGUGGAGAAACUACAGGAGGCGGUGAAAGAAAUCCAUUCACUUCACAGCGUUUAUUCAGCUAACCCUAUAUUUGGGGUGGAUUAUGAAAUGGAAGAAAAGCCUCAACCACUUGAAGACCUAACAGUGGAGCAGGUUCAAGAUGAUGUGGAAGUAGAAUCUGAUGAACAUACAGAUGCUUUUGUGGCUUACUUUGCAGAUGAAAACAAGCAACAUGAUCGGGAGCCUGUUUUUUCAGAAGAACUGGGACUUGCAAUAGAGAAGCUGAAGGACGGAUUCACGCUCCAGGAACUGUGGGAAGUCAUGACCUGAUUUCGAUUGGCGCACGUUUGUUUCCGGAGCGAGGAGUGACUCUCGGUUCUUAGUGAGAUCUCUAGAAGAGAAUUUAGAAAUACCAGCGUAGCAGAGAAAGAACGCGCCAGAGCUACAGAGCAGGCCAAUGUUAGAUGGUAUGCCCUCAGGAUAUGUCAUAAAGGACAGAUUAUUCAAAACCCUGGUAUGUGUAGCAGCUUUUUAUUUAUUACCCUGUUCCCGUAAGUAGUGGGAGGAUGAGCAAUGUCCACUAGAAGAAGGGUGGGACAGGUGGAAGCCCCACCCACCCCAUGGUCAUGUGGUGUCAGGACCAGAGAGGUCCUUCCCCUCUUGCUGGCAGCUUCUGAGGACCUGGAAGUUCCUCCCCACUCCAUGCGUGGUGGCUGCCAUUUUAUUCCAGCUGCCGUUACGUAAAACGUCAUACCCUACAUGUUUCCGUACUGCUCCGUGAUUAGCUGACUUCUCAGGGCAGGAAGGCCCCUUCCCUAACAACGCGGGGGCUGCCAUGCUGGUUCAGCCACCAUUUUAUGGCAGGUAACCACCAUUUUUUACAACUUCACGGCCCAUGUGCUGACAUACUGCCCUGUGAUUGGCUGCCAGCAGCAGGCACCACCUGCCGUUUUACCUGGAAGUAUGUCAGAAAAGGAAACUUCCUGCCUACACGGAGACCACCAUUUGAGCCAGGGCAGUGGGUGGUACAUAGUUUGGUGCUCAAUGUAUUCAUGUAUUUAUACACAGUGAUGUACCUUCCCAUAAUGAUGAUAAUCUAAAUCAAAUUUCUGUAACUUGUUUAAGGUUGUGCAACAUCAAUAUCAUCAUACGCAGAACAUUUGGUAUCCAGGCUUUUUGGCUGUGUCAUGGCAGCGGUGCUGUGUUCCUGAGGACUUUGACAAAAAGCAAUACUGCUUUCGUGUCUCAUAAUUUUGUUAAAUGUUCAGCACGUAUCAUUCCAGGUACUUAAUAGUAACUCAGAUAUCCUCAUACGGUUUUUGUGGGUUUUUUGUUUUCUGUAUUUUUAUUUGGCUAGAGUACUUUUUUUUUAAGGAAUGAUCUAGAAAAAAGCGCGUGCACAAAUGUGUCUGAGUCAUUAGACCUUAAUGAUGUUAUGUGUUAGAGAGAAAUGAGUCAUUUAUUGUUCAAAGGAAAGAUGCAGCUGUUACGUUUUCUAGUGACAUAAGACCUCUGCGCUAUUUUCUAUAAGUGGAAAAAGUCAAACGAGAUCUCCCAUCAGCUGUUGUUUUAGCAGCUGACUGUUAAAGUUAACUGUGGUGUGACUAUAAUUGCGAUGUUUGUAGAAAAUCUUUAAGAGUAUAUAUUUUAAUUAACUACGACCUAUAUUGAAAAACAAUCAUGAUUUCAAUAAACUUUGAUAAUGUUAUACCUCUUUGUAGAUCUUGUGUUCAGAUAGUUGUGUUUUGAACCCGUUUCCAUUACAUUCAAAGAACAUUUUAUCAUAUGGGUAAAAAGCAUUCUUUAUAUGGGCAAAAUACAGCCCUUCAUCAAGGUACAUUAAACAACUUAAAAUUUCAAAUUUGUUUUGGAUCGAUGUUACCACCUUUAACAAAAAUCUAAAUGUUCCCAGUGUAAAUUGUGAUGCCUUCAACAUACGCAUAUUUUUUCUAAAUU